CAGAGCCAGAAGGGACCUCAGAGACCAGAAUUCAACCUGCUCAUUUACAGAUGAAGAGACUGAGGAACAAAGAGUUUGAAUGAUUUGCCUGAUGUCACCCAGGUAGUAAGUGGGAGAGGCAGGAUUUUAAAUGAGAUCUUCAGAGCCCUUUCCAUUGGACUAUACUGCCUGAAGUGUGAACUGUUAGAGAGCCUAUAUUGACAGCAUCUACUCAGGGAGCCCAGAUCCCUGUCUGACUAAAAGAACAGAUGGACAUUGAAGCUACUGAUUCCAUUGCAGAUGACCAGCAAUUCUUCUGGUCCCAAGGCCUUUUCUCCAAGACAAAGAUGCGAUUACACCCUGGGAUGCAGCGAAUGGCCCAAGCAGCCCUCAUCCUCCUGUCCUUGGUUUUGCUCAUAUCCCUUGUGAUUGUGGCUGCUCAAUAUUUUCAGGCAAAAAAGAGUAUGAGUCUGGAAAUCAAGACCCUGAAGGACUCUUUGGAGAAUAUCAAUACCACCUACAAUGUCCUGAGACAGCAGCAUGAGAGGUUCAUGAAGAGAGACUCCAGGAACUGGAAAACUUACAAUGGAAGUCUCUACUACUUCUCCUGUGAUCUCAAGUCCUGGGAGGAGGCUGAGAAAGUCUGUGUAUCCCAGGAUUCCCACCUGGCAUCUGUGACUUCUGUGGGAGAACAGGAAUUUCUUUACAAGACAUUGAAGGGAGAGAGACAUUGGAUUGGGCUCAGUGACAGACACACAGAAGACACCUGGACCUGGGUGGAUGGGACCAUUUAUGAUGCAGUCCAGAGCAAAGGGUUCUGGAUACCAGGGCAACCCACCAACUACCAGGGGAAAGAGGACUGUGUGGAGAUGAAGAUGGAGGCUCUCGCUUCCUGGAAUGAUGAGAACUGUGAAUUAAAAUACAAAUUCAUCUGUAAGAGUCCUCUUGGGCCAUAAAACCUGGACUUCUAGGGGGGUAUCUGAAACAGAAACCUGAAACAGAGCUCUGAGGACCCCAGUUCUGCACCUAGAAUCUCUUCUGAAUUCCAGCCUCAUCAGGCACUCCUAGGUUUUCACCCUAUGACACUGCUGUUAGUCAGCCUUGGGAAGCUGCAGGGAUUUCAAAGCUUGGAACACGACUCAGAUCCAGGAGGACUUUUGCCCCCAAUCUGUCCAUUCUCAGUCCUCUCAGUCAUAAACUCACUGAAUGUCAGAGUUGUAAAAGACCUCAAAGAUCAAGUCCAAGCCAAUAGGAUACUCCUCUACAAAACUCCCUCAUCAUCUCCAUCUCAUAGAAUCCCUAGCAUCCUUCAAAGCACAGCUGACUCCUUGAGACCUUUCCUGAUCCCCCAAUUGCUAGUACUGUCUUCCUGUUGGAAGUACUUUGAAUUACUUUGCACACAAUUUUUACUUAUUUUUUACAUGUUGUAUCUCCCCAUUUGAACAUAAGUUCCCAAUACCCAAAAGGCUAUGCAAUUGUGCAAUCCAGAAAUGCCACUACUAGGUCUAUAUCCAAAAGAGAUUUUUCCUUUUCUUGUGAGGCAAUUAGGGUUAAGUGACUUGCCCA